AUGGAACUUUACUUCUCUCUAUAGCUCCUCAUAUAGGUACAUCCAAUGGAGAAGGAAAACCAAACCAGCAUCUCUGAGUUUCUCCUCCUGGGCUUCUCAAGUUGGCCAGGGCACCAAGGGCUUCUCUUUGCCCUCUUCCUAUGUCUCUAUUUAACAGGACUAUUUGGAAACCUCCUCAUCUUGUUAGCCAUUGGCUCAAACAAUCACCUCCACACACCUAUGUAUUUCUUCCUUGCCAAUUUGUCCUUGGUAGACCUCUGCCUUCCUUCAGCUACAGUCCCCAAGAUGCUCCUGAACAUCCAAACCAAGUCUCAAUCCAUCUCCUACCCUGGAUGCCUGGCUCAGAUGUACUUCUGUAUGAUGUUUGCUAACAUGGACAAUUUUCUUCUCACUGUGAUGGCAUAUGACCGUUAUGUGGCCAUCUGCCAUCCUUUGCACUAUACUACCAUUAUGACCCCAUGCCUCUGCACACUCUUGCAUACCCUCAUGAUUGCCCGACUUCAUUUCUGCUCUGAAAAUAUUAUCCACCAUUUCUUCUGUGACAUAAACUCCCUCCUCCCUCUCUCCUGUUCUGACACCAGUCUCAAUCAGUUGAUGGUUCUGUUUGUGGUGGGACUGAUCUUUGUGGUACCAUCAGUGUGUAUCUUAGCAUCUUAUGGUCGCAUUGUCUCUGCUGUGAUGAAAAUUACUUCUAUGGAAGGAAAGCUCAAAGCGUUCUCAACCUGUGGCUCCCACCUUGCUUUGGUUGUUCUCUUUUAUGGCGCCAUUGCAGGAAUCUAUAUGAGCCCUGCAUCCAACCAUUCCACUGAAAAAGAUUCAGCUGCAUCAGUAAUUUUUAUGGUUGUUGCCCCUGUAUUGAAUCCUUUCAUUUACAGCUUAAGGAACAAUGAACUGAAAGGGACUUUUAAAAAGACUCUUGGCCAGAGCAAAAUAUGUUCCAAGUGA